UCCUCCCAGAGAGCACCCAAGUUGACCAAGACGGACACAGAACAAGACUCAAGAAAGAAAACGACGGACAACAUCAUGACCACUAGCACCCUGUUCGGACCGGUGGAACCAUUCGCGAGCGAGCAUCUCCAAGUCUCAGAUCUUCAUUCUCUCUAUCUCGAGCAGUCUGGUAAUCCCGAAGGGAACCCAAUCGUUUUCAUACACGGAGGACCGGGGGGCGGAUGUUCACCUGAGGAUAGACGAUUAUUUGAUCCGGCAAGCUAUCGAAUUAUCGUGUUUGAUCAACGAGGAGCAGGCAAAUCGACUCCGCCGUCCUGCUUGGAGGAAAACACCACCUGGCAUUUGGUCGAAGAUAUCGAGAAGAUUCGCACGCAUCUCAAGAUUGAGAAAUGGGUGGUUUUCGGUGGUUCAUGGGGCUCAACACUCUCAUUAGCGUAUGCACAAGCACAUCCAGAAAGAGUUAAAGGGUUAAUCCUACGGGGGAUCUUUGCCCUCCGUCGAGCCGAGUUAGAGUUCUUUUACCAAGGCCCUGGGACGAGUUUUCUCUUUCCAGAAUAUUGGGAAGAAUAUGUUUCGAUCAUCCCCCAGGAAGAGAGAAAAGACAUGAUCAAAGCCUACUAUAAGCGUCUGACCUCGGAUGAUAAGUCUGUGAGAUCUGAAGCUGCAAAGCGUUGGUCAGUCUGGGAAUGCUCGACGAGUCGGUUGAUGGUUGAUCAAGAGUACAUCAAGAAAGCAUACGAGGAUGAUUUUUCGGACAAGUUUGCUCGGAUCGAAUGUCAUUAUUUUGUGAAUGGUGGGUGGAUGAGAGAGGGUCAGCUGUUGGAAAAGGCCGAAAUCGACAAGAUCCGACACAUCCCAGCUGUCAUUAUCCAAGGUCGAUAUGACUGUGUGUGUCCGGCCAAAACAGCCUGGGAGUUGCAUCAAGCUUGGCCAGAAGCAGAUUUUAAGCUCAUACCAAAUUGUGGCCAUUCUGCAAAAGAAGAUGGAAUAGCCCAUGAGCUGGUCCAAGCUUCCAACAAGUUCAAAUCAUUAUAAAUUUCCCUUUUUUUUCACAUUCAUAUAUUUUCCUUUUAUGAGUUUCCGUUGAACAACUGAAGUGCUCAUGCUCCAUUUAUACUUGCUCAUCAUCACUUGUACUGACUUUGUGGCCAUGGAAAACUACGUGAUGUGCAGCCAUACAACAGUUGGAUUUUGGUCACCAAUGCAAUUUGUGAGCUGGUCAGACUCAAGCUGUGCAAAGUUACACUACAAACAAUACCUAUUUUGCCCCAAG